AUGCCGGUGAAGGUUCUUUCGUCCGACGAUUGGUUUGAAAUCGUGCUAGUCAAGCAAACCACAUCCUCCAUCACGUUUCAGUGGACGUUCCGGAACCCGCUCGAUGUACCGUACGAUCUGUUCAAGGUGGAAAAGUGCUACAGCGUCAAGCGAGAUAGCUGGGAAACGGUUUACUGGGGUGCGGCCACAACACUGACGGUGCGCUGCCUGGAGCAAAACCUAUGCUACUCGUUCCGUGCAAGCAUCCUGCACCAGCCAUUUGACGGUGCCGACUUCCAGUACGCCUAUCAGUCACCCAUCUUCAAGGCAAGCACCCUGCCAAACAUUCCCUCAACGAUGGGCCUGUACCGGGCGGUGAAAAAAUGUCAACCAGGUCUUGUGAAACGGCUUCUGUUCACACGCCCCGAGCUGGUCAACGUGCCCGUACACGGUGAAACAUUCCUCUAUCUAGCGGUUCGUAGCAACAGUCUGGAGCUGGUAAAUGCGCUGCUCGAUGCCGGUGCUAACAUCGAUUUGGGUGUGCCGGAAACGAGCGUUACACCACUUCAUCUGGCAGUGUACCAACGCAACCUGACGCUGGUGCGCCAUCUGAUCGAGCGUGGUGCCAAUUUGCACGCACAGAACUGUGUUGGAAUGACCGUGGGCCACUAUGCGGUGGAUGCCGACGACCUGACCAUGCUUAAGUACGUGCUAGCGCAGGGCAUUAGCCAGGAGACGCGUGAUCGCUGCCAGUGGACGUUAAUCUUUCGUGCACUGUACAUGCGCUCCUCGGUAGAUAUCGUAAGGCAUCUGCUGGAACGGAAAUGCCGACUGAAAGUGAAAGACCGGCUGCGACUGACACCGCUCUACUACGCUCAAAUUUGGGGACAAGAGGAGAUCCUACGAUUGCUGAGGAGGAGACUAAAAAUUUGA